GUGCUUUGUGCAUGUUGAGUGCAGCAGCUGGGUGUGCUGUGUGCUUCCUGGUAGCAUUGCUGCAUCCAUGAGCCUGCAGUUAUAUUUGCCCGUUUUUGCUACAGAACAUACUUUGCAUGGUAGAGGAUCCAUAUACUCCUAAUCAAUCUGAAAUAAAGGUAAUAGUACAGUGACCAAUCUAGAGAACAGUGGGUUACCAAACAUACAAAGCAAACCCAGUGACGCAGAUCUGCAGACAUGAUUGAUAUAAGGGCCUGGGCUGAGUACGUGGUGGAAUGGGCUGCCAAAGACCCGUAUGGUUUUCUUACGACUGUAAUCUUGGCACUUACCCCGCUAUUCCUAGCAAGUGCAGUACUGUCAUGGAAAUUGGCAAAAAUGAUCGAGGUCAAAGAACGGGAGCAGAAAAAGAAACAGAAACGACAGGAAAACAUAGCAAAAGCCAAGAGAACAAAGAAGGACUAACAAAGAAAUAUAAUUUUAUAAUGUAAAUAAACAGGUCCUUCAGCUAAAGAUGUUUUUUUACAUUCAUAUUUUUCCCUCUUUACAUUUCGAACGAUUCAAAAAUGCUUGACCAAUUUAAGUAUUAAGAGGUGCUUCUAACGGUCGUUCCAAUUGAGGAAACUAAAUGCUCUGCAUAGUAACGUAAACAUUUCAACUUUUUGUUUUAUACACACAAUGUAUGUACUGAAAAUUGCACUUCUUUUAUGGCCAUCUGCCAUAGACUAAUAGAUCAUUUUGGGGAUAAACUAUUUUGUAGUUUACUAUCAAUAUAUUUUUGAGCAAUUUUUACACUUCUUUUGGACGCAUACGGUUUUCCUUCCAAUUUACUUUAAUAUUUUCCAAAGCCCAGGAUAGUUAUAUGAAUGCUGUUCAUGAUGUAUGUCAAUAUAUUGACCAAAACUAUCCAACUCCUUACUGUCUCAUGCAGGAGAUUAUUACUUUAUUCUAAAAUGACUACAAGUUAUUCUUAAUUAAAUUAUCAUAUUUACUUGGGUUUUAAGGCGAUUAAAAAAUGAAAAAAAAAUGUUUAUUUCAUUUUGACACUAUCACCUUUAAUACCUGGUUGAGUAGAUUGAAGCUUCAAUUCCAGCAGCAAGUUAUAGGUUAUUUUAAUGAUUACCUACCAAAAAUAAAUGUUUAAUCUCUGCUGUACUGUUACUUGUUGUUGAGAGAUUUUUCAGUUAUUUAACAAUUGACCAGAUGGUUAUUUUUAAAUUGGAUGUAAUUCUUUUGGAAUUAAUAUAGUCUGUUUGAAUGUCUUUAAU